GAGAGAGAGAAAGAGAGAGAGAUCUUCUAGCCUUACUUGAGGAAUUCUAUUGCUUAAAAAAAAAAAAAGAAAAAAAAAAGGCGAAAUGGCCUCUCUCAAGUCUCUUUCUGCAAAUGAAUAUUUGGAAAUUUUGGCAGGCCAUGUUUUCGAUAGCGAUAAGUUGGUUACUUACAAAUGGCUAAGUAAUGAACUGCAUGUUCAUGUUAAUAUAGCAAAACAAAUCUUAUGGGAAUUCUACCAAAAAUACAAAAACAACAAUGUUGAAUGUACAUAUUUAUUAAUUGGUCUCUUGAAGGAUAAUGGAAUGCGUGUAGAAAUAGUAAAGGAAUCUGCUGUAUCUAAAGCUAAGGAAAAAUUUAGUAAAAUAAUUUCGGAGCAUCUUUAUAGUGUCCACAAACCUCUUGCGGAAUUAGAAUUACUCGCUACUUCUGGCUCUGGAAAUGUAAAUUACAGCGCAAUAAAAUGUGAUGCUUGUAAAGAGAGAAGUGAUGAAGAAAUGCAGCUGUUACGUUGGGGUACUGCUGCAAAGAAAAUUACAACAGAAAAUAAAGCAAAUUCAAAAAUUGUAUUAGAUUCUAUAGAUUCUACAAAUCCAUCAAAAAAAGAAAAGAAUUCAGUAACAGCAAAGAAAAAUGGAUUUAAUAAUUUGUUUAGUAUGACUGGAAAAUCAAAGAGUUCUGAAAAAUUAAAAUCCUUUCAGGAACAGGAUAAAUGUUCAACAAAAAAUGAUAAAAACUUUUUGGAGGAAAAUGAUUUGACAAAAAAGGAUAAAGAUUCAUUGGAGAAAGAUGAAACUUUAAGAAAGGAAGUUAAAGAGUCAGCAGAAAAGGAAAAAGAUUCUAUGGAAAAUAAUAAAGAUUCUGUACAAAAAGAUAAAGAUUCUUCUAAAAAUAAAAGUUCUUUGCAGAAAAAUAAAAAUUCAAUAGAGAAGAAUAAAGGCUCUGUCAAUUCUACUGCUAAAAAAGUGUCUCCAAAGAGCAAUUCUAUAAAGAAAGGAAGUUUAGAUAAUUUUUUUGGAAAGCUUACAUCUCCUUCAAAGUCUACAGAAACUAUAUUAAUAGAAAAGAAAAAUGAUAAUGUUAAAAAGGAAGAAGUUAUGGAAAAAGAAAAAACUAAAGAGAAGAAAAAUUUACGUGGAAAGAAGCGUAAUAGAAGCAAAGAAAUAGAUGAAACUAUUAAGAAACGGAAGAGAAUUGUUGUCCAGAGUGAUUCCAGUGAUUCAGAAAUACAAAGUGAUAUAGAGAUGGAAGAAUUAGUUCCUGAAACCCCAGAACCUGAAGCUGUUGCAAGAUCUAAAAGUCCCUCUCCACCAAAAGUAAAAUGUGAAAAUGGUAAAAGAAAAGUGCUAAAAUUAGUCAAUAAGACUUAUAAGGAAGGCGAAUAUAUUGUGACAAAGAAAGAACAUGUUUAUGUAAGCUGUUCUGAAGAUGAAGAAGAGAAAAAAGAGGAAGAGAGGAGGGAGGCAAAGAAAGUAGAAGCAAAAGUGGAGAAAGUGAAAAAAAAGCAAUCUACACUGACUGAUUUUUUUAAGAAGUCUUAGAUUCAUUCUUAUUUUAAAGUCCAAUUAAUUCAUAAA